UCAGCUGUCUUAAUAGGGGAUUAAUUUUUGGAAACUGAUUGUCAUUUGAUCUGUGCGGAAAGUUUUGGUUGAGCUGUGUUUUGGUUAUGCAAAGAAAAGAAAAUGGAGGCUGUUAUUGUUGGAGAUUUAGCGUGUUUGGAUGUGGAGCUAUUGCAUCUCCAGGAGAUGUCUCCUUUAACUCUCAAAUCCUAUCCUGAAUUCACUCAAAAGCUUUUCGAUCAGUGGCUUUCGCUUCCCGACGCUAUCAAGUUGGUAACAUCAUUGGUUAAUGAUGCAAAGGCAGGUAAUCCCUUGAACGUUCCUGGAAAUGCUUCCAGUGGAGGGUCUCCCUCAAGCCAUUCUUUACCUUCCAUGUUUCCUGCCGGCAGUGCUCCUCCUCUUUCACCAAGAAGUACAUCUGAUUCCCCUCGUAUAACAACAAAACAAAGGCCCGGUCCUUCAAACUUGGGUUCUCCACUGAAAGUAGUUAGCGAACCCGUGAAAGAGUUUAUACCUCAGUUUUACUUUAAAAAUGGUCGUCCACCUCCAAAUGAUCUAAAAGAACAAUGCAUGUCUCAAAUCAGUCAGUUCUUUGCUGGCCACCCUGAUGGACUACAGCUGCCACGUAAGAAACAUGUGUGCUUCGCUUUGACUGAUAUUUCUGGUACUCAUUUGAUAUUCAUGUUUUACUUUCUAAAAUUUUCAGAUUUCAAACUUGUCACCAAGGAAGUCUGCAAGCUGCCUUCAUUUUUCUCCACGCCACUUUUCAAAAAAAUUGAUGUUAAUGGCACUGGUUUGGUUACAAGGGAUGCAUUUGUGGAUUAUUGGGUCAAUGGAAACAUGCUGACAAAAGAUAUAGCAACCCUAGUUUAUACCAUACUAAAGAAACCAGAUCUCAAAUACCUUGCUCAGGAGGACUUCAAACCUUUACUCCAAGAACUAUUGGCAACUCAUCCAGGGUUGGAAUUCUUACAGAGUACACCUGAGUUUCAGGACAGAUAUGCUGAAACUGUCAUAUACAGAAUAUACUACUACAUAAAUAGAUCUGGAAAUGGUCAACUCACUCUUAGAGAGUUGAAACGUGGGAACUUGAUUGAAGCCAUGCUACAUGCUGAUGAGGAAGAGGACAUUAAUAAAGUUUUGAGUUACUUUUCGUACGAGCAUUUUUAUGUAAUAUACUGCAAGUUUUGGGAGCUGGAUACAGAUCAUGAUUUCUUGAUUGACAAGGAGAACCUUAUCAGAUAUGGUAACCAUGCGCUUACCUACCGAAUUGUCGAUAGAAUAUUUUCUCAGGUUCCCAGAAAGUUUACCGGUAAGGUUGAAGGAAAGAUGGGGUAUGAAGAUUUUGUUUACUUCAUCCUUGCAGAGGAGGAUAAGUCAUCCGAGCCUAGUCUUGAGUAUUGGUUCAAGUGCAUAGAUUUGGAUGGCAAUGAAGUUAUAACUCGUAAUGAAAUGCAAUUCUUUUAUGAGGAGCAGUUACACCGAAUGGAAUGCAUGGCACAGGGGCCUGUUCUCUUUGAGGACAUCUUAUGUCAGAUGAUUGACAUGAUUAAACCGGAGAAUGAGAGUUUUAUCAUGCUGCGUGACUUGAAAGGUUCUAAACUUUCUGGAAGUGUUUUCAAUAUCCUUUUCAAUCUUAACAAAUUCAUGGCCUAUGAAACUCGUGAUCCAUUCCUCAUUCGUCAGGAGCGUGAAAAUCCUACGUUGACAGAAUGGGGCCGUUUUGCACAUCGAGAAUAUAUUAGGCUUUCAAUGGAAGAUGAUGUUGAAGAUGCCUCUAAUGGAAGUGCUGAAGUUUGGGAUGAAUCACUUGAGGCUCCCUUCUGAGUUGAAUAGGAAAGAGAAAUGUUGCCUCGAAUCAACGAGGAAGCUUAUAUCGGUCUCAUUGGAGGAAUUUAGGAUGUACUCCCAACCACCGGUGAUGGAUUUUCAGGCCUUUGUACAUGCACGGUUCAAUCAAACAUGAUGAAUAUCGCAAGUGGAGCUCUACUUUAUCUAACCCCCUUCCCGCAUUGAUGAGUUUUUGCUGGGAGGUACUGAUCAACAUCCAGUUUUAAAACAGAUCUGAACGAUAUUUAUUAUCCUACCCACUCUCAAUUUCAAAGAUACAACGGAAGUCCGUCUAGUCCUCCGUCAUGUCCCGGUUCAUUCGUUUCAUGCUUUUAAUGUUAUUGUUGAGCAUAGGAAUUUUGGUUUGGAUCAGGUCAUGGUCUAGUUAUUCAGUUUUAGUUGUGCUGUUGUGAACAUAGGUUAAGCAAUUGGUUUAAUUAUCUGUGAAAUUCAAAAUUUUUGUUUGUUA